AUGGCUGAGCAACCGCGCAGUGCGAUGAAAAUGACGACCGACCACCGGUUUUGGGGUCUUAAUGCGACUAAGCGGGGUCAGCUGCUGGACCUCUACAAGAUGGGAAGGGCACUCAUGGACCAACACGGGAAGCUCAAGCUGGAUAUCUACGAGGGCAAGAAAAAGCUUUUUGCGGAGAAUUACAGUCGAGGCGGCCCCUUUCACACCAGAAUCUACCGGAACCAGGAUGCACAUUUAUUUGACCUGCAGCGCGAUGGCUGGACCGAUGAUGAUAGUGACCGGGGAUGGAGUCGUGAUAGCGAUGAUGAAGACAGCGAUUACAUCCGACAGGUCGACCCCAUGUUCACUAAACGAGGCCGAGACCAUGUCAUAAAGAACGACACGGAGCUGUUUUGUCUGAUGAAAGCAUUGGAAGACAACGAUAGGUAA